AUGAGUGUUUCUACGUCUUCAAGCGUUUUGGACUCUAAGAAUAAAACGAAUGUGUCGACCGUUGGGUUUCAAAAAGCCUUAGUUUAUGAGAAUAGUAAUGUAGACAAGAAUGGAAACUGUGAACCACGAGUCGGAGGCGUAGGCGGGGGUGGAGGUGGAGGUGGGGGCGGAGGCGGAGGAGGUGGGGGUAGAGGAGGUGGCCGUGGCAGUGGUGGUGGUGGAGGAGGUGGCGGUGGAGGUGGAAGCGGAAAUGGUGGGAAUAGAAAAGACAAUCCCCACGAAAAGAAAAAAAGAAGGGGUGGUGGCGGUGGCGGUGGAGGAGGAGGACAUGGAGCCUACGAUCUCUCUGAUUCUCAAAUCAUAACUUCCUACUGA